AUGGACGCUAAUACUUCUUCUUCUGCCGCUUUGGCUCCCGAGAAUGAUGCUCUUGUUGGAAAGGCAUAUCCAACAGACGCCGAGUUGGCGUUUUUUGGCAAUUUCGCCACUGUUGUUGAUGGAUCUGAUCUGGUCCGAUCAACGACCGAAACUCUGAAACUCCCCCCGACACGUAUCAAGUUGAAAAACUUGGACAAACUACCAACAUCCAACACGUUGGAUGUAAAUAUUGGAAUCUUAUUCGAUAUCUUCAUCCGUUGGAUGUUGAUGAAGGCUGGAGCAUGCUUGAAGACAACGCGAUUCUGGUUAAACCUUCGACACCCCGGAUACGAAAAAGCUCCAACUGGAUUCUGGAUGCCACAUCGGACAUAUGAUAAGUUAAAUGGCCACACACUGAUGAACGAAAUCGCCAGACAUUCGCAAUCAAACCGAAACCUCGGAUUGGACGAGACGCUCAUUCUCUCAAUGCGAAUUUUUACAAAGGACAAGAAAGCAUUGCCUGGUCGUGGUCACCGAGCUCCCGAGGAAAUACGCAAAAUGUUUGGUCUCCAUCACGGUCACAAUGUUGUCGGAGACUCGCAUUGUCUUCCAAAAGCUCUAGCAAUGGGAAAGCUAUGGAGCGAUAUGCAGAGCUGUAGCGACCCUGGAGAGAAAAAGACAAUGGCCUGCAAACUACAAAAAGUGAUGAGAAAGGAGGGAAAGGCAUUCGACAAUAGAUGUAGAAUACAAAUGGAGCGUGCUAUGGAUCUUCUGGAAGAGGCUGGUAUGGAUGUGGACCAAAUGGAACACAAUCUAGAGGAUUUGGAGAAAUUGGCCGAAUACUUGGACGAAUACCACAUUUGUAUUUGGGAGAUGCCACCCCAUUUUCCAUUUCCAGUGGUCAGAGAGGAAUUCAACAAGGGAGCAGAGAAUUUUAUCCCCCUCUUCUACCACGAUGGCCAUUACGAUCACUUCCACCCAACGGUCGAGAAUGUUCAAGCUCGUUUCUGCUUCCGAUGCCACAAAGUUGUCGGUGCGAACCAUGCUAGAACAUGCGAAACCAAAUGCCGGAGAUGUGGAAACAACGAAUGCGAGCCAGAAGAAGGAGUGUCGAUCUGGUGUGAGAGGUGCAAUAUCACAUUUCGAAGUCAAGAGUGUUACAAAAGACAUUUGGAAAAGAAAACGCUGAAAGCAUUUCCGUAUUGCGAUGUUUACGAAAAAGAGUCAUAUUCAAAAGUGAAACAUGAAUGCUUUUCCACAUACUUGUGUAAAAUCUGUCAAACAAGAGCCGGCGAAGAUCAUCAAUGUGUACAUGUCAUACCAUCUGAAAAGGAUCGAAAUAAGCAGAUGGAUAAGCAAAAGGAAUGGAAAAUGGUCAUCUACGAUUGCGAAAGCAUUGUUGCUUCUACGGCAGAGUAUACCGGAGCUCAAUCGUUGGGUGGAAAGCAUGUACCAAACGUACUAUGCUACAAGAUUAUUUGCCAAACUUGUUUGGGAAAAGAAUGUGCAUGUUGUGGACCAAUGCAAGUGCUAUCAUCGAUCGAGGAGCCAGAACCAGUAAUCCAACGCUUCGUUGAAGUACUCCGAUCAGACCUUACACUGAAAAAUGCAUAUAUCAUUGCUCACAAUGGCGGCCGAUAUGACCACGUCUUCACGCUAGAGGAGAUGAUUUCACAUGAAAAACAUCCGGCGAAUUUCGUUAUGAAUGGCAAUACAUUCAUUCUGGUGGACGUGCCCACAUCCAUAAAGACGAGCUUCCAUUUUCGGGAUUCAGUGAAGUACUUACCGAUGAAAUUAUCUCAAAUGCCUGCCGCAUUUGACUUGGAUACAAAAUCUAAAGGAUAUUUUCCAUACAUGUUCAAUCACCCGGGUAAUUAUGGUGUCAAUCUUCCUGGGUUACCUCCCAUCGAAUACUACGAACCCCAAUAUAUGGGUACGAAGGAUAAGGAACAAUUCGAGAAAUGGUAUGAUGCGAACAAGGAGAAACCAUUUGAUUUCAAUCGUGAAAUUGUGGAUUACUGCAAGAAUGAUGUCCAAAUCCUAGUCGAAGCACUUGUCAAGUUCAUAACGAUUUGUCAGACAAUAUUCUCCGGUUGGAACCCAAUUGUUCAAGCUUCAACACUGGCUUCAUAUAUUCAGUUUAUAAUGAAACAUGACCAUAUAAAACCUGGUGUACUUGGAUAUAUUCCGGAAAAUGGAUAUGGUGGAAGGAACAACUCAAAAAUCGCUCUCAAAUAUCUAAUGUGGUUGGAACACAAGAAUCCUGGCUUGAAACUCAUUCACAAGCUUUCAAAGGAAGGGGAAUUCUAUUUGGAAUGUGGAAACACAGGAUUCUUUGUCGAUGGAUACGACCCCGAAACGAAAGAAGUAUACGAAGUCCACGGUUGUCUAUGGCAUGGCUGCAACAGAUGUUGGAUGGAUCAAGAAGCAAAGUGUCCGGCAAAUAAGAAUCGCACCAUGGGAGAGCUGUAUGAAACCACAAUAGACCGAGAUGACAUCAUAAGAGCAGCCGGAUAUACUCUACAUGUUAAAUGGGAAUGUGAUAUCAACGAGGACUUGAGAAAAGAUAAAGAAAUGAGAGAUUUCUUUAAAAAUUGUAACCAUACUCAUCAUCUUCAACCCCGUGAAGGAAUGUAUGGUGGUCGUACACAACAAUUCCAAAGUCUCGUGAAAGCAUGCUCCAAAUACUCGAUCGAAUACUUUGAUUUCUGCUCCCUGUAUCCAUAUAUCAACAUGAAGGGUGCCGAAUACCCUGUUGGAGCACCAAAACGGAUAGUGAGUGAUUUUGAGCCAAUUGUACCUGGACGUCUUCCAUAUCGUGGUGUCAUAUUUUGUGAUAUAUUACCACCAUUGGAUUGUAAACUGCCAGUCAUUCCCACUCGCUCUGAUGGAAAAUUGCUCUUUGUUCUAUGCCGAACAUGUGGACAUUCCAAGAAUCCAAAACGAAAGUGCACACACACCAAGAUUUCUGAGCGUUUCCUGACCGGUGUUUGGUGCACGGAUGAGUUGAACUUGGCCAUCGAAGAAGGUUACAAAGUGCUCCGUUAUCAUGAAGUCUGGCACUGGGAUGAGUGGUUCCGCGGUGGAUUCUUCUCAAGUUUCAUGGAACCGUUGUUGAAAAUGAAACAUGAAUCGUCAGGCCUCCCGGAAAAUGUCGUCACAGAACAGGACAUCGACAAAUAUAUUGAAGAAAUCUUCCAAAACGAAGGAAUCAAGUUGGAUAUCGACAAGAUCAAGAAGAAUCCCGCUCUCCGAAGUCUUGCCAAGCUAUUUCUCAAUAGCACAUGGGGAAAGCUGGCGCAAAACCCGUGUAAAAGCGACACCAAGUUGUUCCCGAUUCAGAAAGCCGUGAGUGCUGUGCAAUUCAUGUGUGAACCAGGAAUGGAGCCGAAAUGUUUCGAAGAAUGGAAGGAUACUCACAUACUCGUUUCCCGAAAGCCGACCCAUGACGCGGUUCAUUCAGCGAAAUUCACCAAUAUUGUAUAUGGAGCGCUCACCACGUCAGCCGCAAGAGUCAAAUUGUACCAAGCAAUGAAAUUGGUUGGACCAGAGAAUUUGAUUUACUGCGACACAGACUCCAUAAUCUUCCGCCAAGAAAGAGGGACUAAUCCACUUGAAUCCCUCCGAGGAAACGGACUGGGACAGUUGACGGACGAAACACCGGCUGGAUGGCAUAUUGAUGAGAUUGUGGCUAUGGCCCCAAAGGUCUAUGCUUACAAAAUGGUCAAUGAAAGUGGAGAGGAGAAGUACUCAGUCAGAGCAAAGGGUUUCACCCUUAAUCAUGAAACGGCUGAAAAAAUCAACUUUUUCACGAUGAAACAAAUGAUGCUCCGCCACCUCAAAAAGGAAGAAGCCAACACGACAGUCAACAAAAUGGCCAUGAAGAGAGGCUCGAACAUAUUAGAUGGAAUCGAGACGACAAUCGAUAAGAAACGCCUUCGUCCUGUAAUGGACAAGGGAAACUUUGCGAGCGACGGCUCGCUGAUCCCCUUCGGCCUCAUGAAUCCUUCCACCACCAUCGAAGAUGAUUAUAUGUAUUAA